GGAAGGAUCUCCGCGGACCCUGGCACCGGGGGAUCGCGCAGUAGCUUCGGCGUCGCUGGAUCGGGGGGGCGGACGAGAUGCGUGCCCACGCGCCUUUCCGCUAGAUAGAGGGCGAUCGACCGGUCCGCGUGUACGUCCCAUCCGGCCCCUCUCGGUUGGGGAACGACGAGAUCGCCCAGACACCCGAAGAGGACGCUCCGCAACGACGCCCCGAGACGACGCCCCGACACGACGACUCGAGACGACGACUCGAGACGACGACUCGAGACGACGAUCCGUAGCGACGUCGGGAAGAACGAAGAGAAAUCGGAGCUCGCGGCCGAACGUUAACCCGAUUCAUCGACCGAGUAGUUCCACGACAUGUCCCUGCUUAACGUCACCGUGAAAAAAGCGAGGUUCGUCGGGGUCCAAGCGCAACAAUUCAACACCUACGUCACCCUGAAGCUGCAAAACGUGAAAUCAACGACGGUCACUGUCAAGGGGGCGAAUCCAUGUUGGGAACAGGAUUUCCUUUUCGAGACAAACGACGUGAACACGGGGUUGCUGGUGGAGGUCUGGAGCAAGGGAAUGAUCUGGGACCGAGCGUUGGGCUACCAUUACAUCCCGUUGCCGAAAGUGCCCUACUCGAACGAGGAAGGCUGCGGACAAUGGGUGAGCCUGGACUCGGAGCUGGAGAUGCGAGGCGGCGAGGUGGUCGGCACCAAGUCGCCCUCGGGUCACAUGCUGCUCAUCGACUGCCGCUUCGAGCUGCCCUUCGACCCCGAGAACACGGAAGCGGCGGAUCUGCAGAGGAAGCUCGAGAUGCUGAACAACACGAUGGACCAGGAGGCGAGAGCGGAACAGGCGCGUCGGCAGAUACUUUACAAUAUAGGCCACUCGGGGUACUCGGAGGACUCGGAUUACACGUCGGAUUUAAACUACCCCGUGGGGGGGCAAGGAGCCAACAGCUCGGCCUCGCAAUUCCGCACGGCGGCCAAUCAGUUGGCGACCCCUCAGAGAUCUCUGGAGACGUCGAGGGAAAACAGCUACGAGAGGGACGAUCAUCAGAUUCCACCGACGUUUGGUGGUAGAUUGGCUGCCGGGACUUACGGUGGGUACGGUGGAAGAGGGCACAGUCCGAGGUACGACGAGCCGUAUCCGGAAGAAGGACCGCCCCAAAGGUAUUCCUCGCAGACCGCCGAAUCUUCCGAGCCACUUUUCUACAACAGCAGACCGAGGCACUACAAGGAAUACAGACGACGGAAGCACACGUGGGAUUACGAGGACAGUCAAGAUGGCUGGUACAGCGAGGGCUACGACUACACGGGGACCAGAGUCGACGAAACUAGAAUUUACAGCGAUACGGAGUACUAUUCCGGUACCGGAACCACCACGUUUUCGAGAAGAAGAGGUCCUCACAGAAGACCGUCGCUGGAAAGGCAAACGACGCUGUAUGACGAGCAUUCGCACUAUACGACCGAUGACUACGCCGACGCGAGGAUCGGAGAGAUGAGUGCAACGUAUUCGGAAAGCCACACGGGCGUUAGGUACCUCGACGGUAUGACGGGAUACCUGUACCAGGAUGAAAGAUACGGGAGAGACGACGAGGACAGGCAGUGGGACAGCGGGGGGAAGUGGUACUCGGGAUCGAAUACGUAUUACGAGAACAAACGCAACAGGAAGACCCUCCCCCAAAGACCAGCGUCCAGCAUAGGCAUUCAUCGGCCAGAGUACAGACCGACGGUAACCAGACAGCGCAGCUACGAUUCCGAAGAAAUUAACUACGGCGGUCAAAGUUCCCGUCGGAGGAAGACGUUGCAGCCUCAACAGCGUCCCACGUCGCGUCAAGAAGGUACGGGGAAAAAAUUACCGCCGACACCAACGAAGCCCAGCAACGUGGUGCUGGGCCGGAAACCCGUCUCGCUUCCCGCUACACCUGGCCGACAACUGCCAAGGACCAGAACUCCCUCCGAAGAAGGCUACUACAAAUCGGACUAUAACGAGGACUACAAUUACGCGUACCGUAGUCAAGACAAUCUUCCGCAGGACUCGUACCUCGACAACGUCUACGGCGAGGACUACGAUCGGACCCAAGUAGCGGAUCCUUACGCGGGCUCGACGCAAAAUCGGUACACGGAAGAGUACGACCAAGUACAGGACCAGUAUUCGACGUCGACUACCUACGACCAGGGAUACGUGGAACCCCACAAACUGCCCACCUACGAGGAGGACCAGGCCUAUCCUCGGAAUACUCGGGAGGACGAGAAUCGGCAGCCCUACGUCCAGUCGACGGAAAUAUACCAAAAGUCCUAUCAAGAGACUUAUUCGCAACCGAGCCACGACGUCCGCGACAAGUCGCGGGAGGAGGUAAACGAGGGUAACUACCAGGGGGUCGUUUACGACGAGAACAACGGUCAGGGAUACGAGCAGCCGUACAAAGAAGAAGGCUAUCAGGAGCGGUACGGCAUGGGUUAUACCGCACCCGUGACGACGAGCACGUACGAGAUGCGGAAUAACGUGACCGGUGAUUACGGUCGGUAUCCGCCGGAGUCCUACGAAAGUGGAUACGACGCGACCGCUUCUGCCGACUACCAGGACGCUCAUCGAGAGACUUACGAGGAUAAUUACGGCCAGACUUCGGUUGCCGCCUCACAAGGAUACCAGCAACCUUAUGAGACGCAGCAGGAGGACUAUUCGAAUUAUCGAAAGCAAUCUUACGAUAAGCAGCGGGACGACUAUGCGAAUUAUUCGGAGCAAUCUCACGAUAAGCAACGGGAGGAUUAUUCUGAUUAUCGGAAGCAGCCUUACGACGAGCAACGCGGGGAGGGCUAUUUGGAUUACCGGGAGCAACCUUACGAUGAGCAACGGGAGGAUUACACGGAUUAUCGGAAGCAGUCUUACGACAAGCAGCACGAGGACUACUCGAAUUAUCGGAAGCAGGAUGAGGACUACCAGGACUACGAGAAAGACUCGUACGACAAGCAACGAGAAGACUAUCAGGAUUAUCGGAAGACGUACGACAAGGAGGAGGAACCGCAGCAGCAACAGCAGCAGCAUACAGAUUACAAGGACAAGUACGAAUACGAGGACUACUCGCGGCAACGCGACGACACCUACCAUCAGGACUCGUACGAAGGAUCCUUCGAGGAUAAGUACAAGGAGCAACUGUCGGAGCAACGUUCGAUGAGCACGGAAAGGAGGAAGAGCGAAGUCCCCGAGGUCUCGGUGACGACGCCCAGAGGCCAGACGAAGACCAACGGUUACCCUUCCAGCGAAUCCGAAUACUUUUAUCCUUGCCAGGACGGCCAGGACGUCUCGCCCCUGGGAUCCUCCAGAAGAAUGAAGUUGGGAAAACGAGAAGCCAGUCCCUUGGUGCAGCAGAACACGGAUUCCCUGGAGUCGAGGGACGACGAGCUGAAGGACUCGUUCGAGACGGCGGUGAGCUCGGUCGGCAGCAGCCAGCCCAUGAGGAGGUUCUCGGAGUAUUCCACGGCCGGAGACUCGAGUCCCGCCGCCGCCACCCUGGUCGACUCGCCCCAGAGCCUCGCGCAGACCCAGGCGCCCCUUACCGUCGACCGCGUCGCAGCGAAUCACGUGGCCGCCAACCACCUGCAGAAUACCGUCGUAACCACUGCCAUGGUACAUCCGACGACGACGAGCAACGGGAAACGACUGGCCAGGACCGAUUCUUACCGCGAGGACACCAUGGACGAGGAGGAAUAUCCCGAAAUCGUUCCCAAGGAACCUCGGAGGAAGGACUCCCAGUUGUCACACCAGAGUCAAAUCAGUCAGCACUCGUCGACGCAUUCGCAGAAGCCGAAACUUACGAGAGGCGACUCAUACGCUUCCGACCAUUUCGAGGAGGAGUACGGAUCUCCCGGUAGAAGGGACUCUUUCGUUCAGUCCGCCAGGAAGGAUUCCUACUCGUCCGUCACUCAGGACUCGUUCAAGACCCAGUCGAACAGGAACGAUUCCUACCUCAAGAGGGAUCUCGGCAGACAAACGUACGGGCAAAACUUCAACGCUCCGCAACCCAUUUCCAGAGCCGAAAGCUACCAACGGGGUUAUUUCAAGGACCAGGACUCCAUCGACGAGGAGAUCGUGCUGAGCAACGCGAUCAACGGAGAAUGCAAAAUGACGGACGAGAUGCUCGAGAGGUACGAACGAGGCGAGGAAGCUCUUCAUCGAGGGUCCCGCGAGAACUCUUUGGUGGAACCCUACAAGGGAACUCCGCCGAUUUCCCGCGACGAAAGCCCACGAGGGAGUAUGACGAAACAAACGUCGUUGGAGGAGAGCGUCCAAAUGGAUACUCCACCGAGAAGCCCCCCAGAACCCCCGGCCGACGAGGAGCUUUUGGAGAUGGUCGGAGUCGCACCGGUCCCCACUCAACUGAAGGAACGCGCCGAGAUGACGCCGAUGCAGAGGUGGCACUGGGCGUACAACAAGAUCACCAUGCAGCUAAACGGGAUCGACGAAAUUUUGGCGUCUCGAGCCGUUCCGGAAAUUGCAGCCGUGGACUGA